GGACGUGCGGCCUGAGUGAGGUCAGUGCCUGGCUUGCCUGGCCCACACCAGAGCUUCAACACCUUCCACUGCUAUCUGUCCAGGGGAAUCGCAACCACCACUACCAACUUGCCUUUCCAUCACGAACCAUUUCCCACCUGCCUCACCGACCGCAAAUCAGAUUCGCGUCUUUUCCAUGACCGCCAACGGCCAUCUUGCAUCUCAGCGACAUUAAGCGAUACCCAGCGAUCCUAUUUCCAGCCUUCAUUCCGCCUCUUGCCCGUCGAUCCCCCGGCACCUCCGUGCUCCCGAAUUUCGCGAUCCUCCACCACCUACUCACCUUUCCCCUGCAAUCCUGGCUUCCCCGGCCGGGCAAGCUGGCCGAGGACGUCCAGCGCCAGUCGAAUGAAUGCAACCCCUCAAUCCAUUCCUCGCUGCCUUCUUCCGAAGCUCCCUACCCUCACAGUGUACCCCGGUACAUCAUCACAUCCUCCUGGUCCCGACCACCGAUGUUCUCCUCACAUGUCGCGAAGUCGAGAGCGGCUCGACCUUCCAUGAGCUCAUCACCUCGGAAGAAUUUCUAGCUAGCCAUGUGCUUCGGAUUCCCGCCGCAAAUACCGCCUCUGCUGCGGGCGGGAAGGACGCGGCGCAAAACCUGCGGGAGCUGAGGGGCAAGGCGAAGCAGUAUCAGACCAUCAAUGGUCGCACAGUUGUCAUCAAAGAUACACACGUCUACAGUAACAAAGGCUUCAAGUCGCUCGCGCAAGCUCAAUUGCUCAACGAUUCGACAUGGUAUCCCGACCUCCUCGAGCCCCGCCAAUGGCUGAUUUACUACAUCUCGCGACCACUCGUGGGAGUAUGGGAGGAGACCAAGAUCGAGCCUGCCAUACUGGUAGAGGGAAUGGCGAGGAGGAGAGCUCUCGAACAGAGCCAGGCGGCGGCUGCGGAGAUUGGCGAAGGCGCGAUGCUACCACGAAAGAAGGAUAUCAAGAGCUUUCACGACCUCCUCAACCAUUUCCCCAUCAUUGCGCGACAAAUGCAGCCCGGAUUAGAAAAGCUGUUUCGAGAGUUUACGACCGUCUUCGAGCGACCGCUUCCGCCGCCCCCUUCGGCGUUACGCAUACCCGACCCCGAGCCCGACGGACCUAUCACUACGGCAAUGAGGAAGGCGCGGUCCAACAGCAUGUCAGCAGCGAGGCGGCCUAACGGGCUGACUAACGGCCUACCCGUGACGGAGAACUUUUACGCCGAGGACGACGAAGAUGUGAUGAGAGCUUCAUUGGAGACCGCGGUGACAGCCGCCAUCGACUUGUUCCAGGGGGUUGACAAGCAGCAACUCUCGAUGCUCGGGGCUACGACCGAUCUUACGGGACCUCUGGUUGAAAGGCUCAUCGAAAGAUACGUCACCGAGAACACGCAUCACCUCCUGUUUCCGCGACUCAGUGCAUCAAAACGACCGUAUGAUCUCGAGUUGGAGGCCAAGAUUCGGCAGAUGGAGUUCAUCGACUUGUCACAGCUCGGCAUCUCCAUAGAAGGUGGCUCGCGAGGGAAGCACGAGUUGACAAUACAGCUUGGUCUGGCCGUGGAGGAGUUCAAGAAGACAGCGAAUGCCAUGAGCCCACAAGAGAUGCUCGAUCUGCUCCUAUCGACCAUGAAGCUCGUCACGCAUCUGACGGAGUCUUCACGGGCGCAGGCAGCCUCUUCGACCGAAAAGCCCACGCUAACAGUCAAUGCGGAUACGCUCGUCUCAUUGUUGCUCUUCGUGGUCAUUCGAGCGCAAGUUCGGCACUUGCACGCUCGGCUCAUCUACAUCCGUCACUUCAUCUUCAUCGACGACGUCGACAACGGCGAGAUGGGAUAUGCACUGAGCACUUUCGAAGCUGUCCUUUCUUACCUCACACUCGACUCGGCUGGAUUGCGCAGAGCCAGCCGACGAAACAAAGCGCUAUGGAAUGCCACUAGCAAUGGAAGCCUAGAAGACUUGAAGAAUAUUAUGGAACCAGAUGAGAACGCCGUUCUCGAUGAUGACCUUUAUGAUUCGCCAGAAUCAAGUCGCCGCCCUUCUCACAGCUGGAGCUUUACCAACGGGUCUGCCUCGAGGAGGUCAUCAACAGCAGUUACGAUCUCGGAUCGCUUCUCGUCAGGCUCUGGCCUGAGCCACGUCUUCCCAUUCCAGGCUGAGGAUGACGGCAGUGAGAUUGACUUCCCGCUUCCCCCGCCUCCUCGAAAGGUCAAGAGAGUUGCCAUGGAUACACGAAGCAUGUCUAGCGGCUCGGAGAUCUCAUAUCACUCAAGAGCGACCAGCAAUGGAACUAUUGGAAGCGUGCUCGAGGGCGAUGUCACAAUUGAUCGAUUGUCGCAGACACAUAAUUCGUUCGGCGAGUCAAUCCUGAUGAUGGCUGUGCAAAACGAAAGAGCCGACAUUAUGCGGUACUUGCUGACGUUGAGCGAGUACUAUCCUCUUUCUGUUAUUUUAGACGACAUCAACAACGAAGAUACGACGCUGUUUAGCGCUGCGGUUCAGCUGGGACAUACGGAGCUGAUCAAUAUUAUUCUCGACUUCAUUUCGAGGCUGGCGGCAAGAGAGCGCCUAAUUGAGUAUUUUGCUCAGCAAGACAUUUGGGGACGCAGUUGUGCGCAUUACCUGUUCCACGCACCGUUUCUAAUUUCUCGGAUCGGGAGAUUAGUCCCCUGGCGGCAAAAAGACAAGAAUGGGCAGACGCCGCUUUUUGCACUUUGCAGGUCGUAUGACCAUGUCCAUUACCGCGAAAUGGUGGAUGCCGGCCUUGAUGCGGCCACGGAAGCGCAGCGUGACGGGCUUCCGCUGCACAUUGACGAUCAUGUGGACGCCAAGGGGAACACUCUGCUUCACAUUGUCAAUGACCCGCAGCUGGCACUCAGAGUGCUCCAGCAAUGCGAUGUCGAUGUCAACGCCACGAACGAGAAGAAGUUUACACCAUUGAUGGUUGCCAGCAAAUAUGGCAGACUAGACAUGGUCAGAACGUUAUAUGUGGAUGCACGCGUCGAUGUCGCAGCCCGAGAAAUCCGGAGCCUGACGGCCGUUGAAUUGGCCAAAGAUGACGACAUCAGGAAUAAGAUUGAUGACUUGGCACUCUUCAGCAUGCCCCCUGGUACGGAUGCCCGUAUCACCGGUGUCGUGAGAGCUUUUUUCGUUGAAGAUGCGACCAUUCGGCUGGUCUUGAAAUCGGCCGCCCCCGCCGACCACAUGAGCUACACUGUCACAACGAGCCGCAGGAAUUUGUCUGAUUUUGAGCACCUCGGCAACCUGCUCGCGCUGGAGAACCCGGCGUCCUGGAUCCCGGCGGUGGCAGGCGUGCGGUCGCCUUUCCAGAUACCCUCGAAGCCGUCUAGAGCAGUGCUACGGGAUAUCCAGACUCGGGCUGACUGGUUCCUCAAGAUCAUGCUCAAUCACCCGACUUUCGCAACGCACGAGAUGCUCUGGGAAUUCUUCCUGGUGCCUGAUAUUCAGCUUGGUAUGAUGGAACAAAGGAGUAAUCUGAAGGCCGAGACGCGAGCCGAAAAAGUGCGGGAAGAGUACGAGCCCGUCAAAGAUGUGCGAGAGGUCGAGCAAUUUGUCGAUCAUGCUAGGGAGAUGGUGCGGAGUGUCAACUACUCGACUAAGAGCGUGGCAAGAAGGGUCAAUUCCAUCGCCAUCGUUGCUUCAGCAGAUCUCCACAACGCAUCAGUCCUUCUGCAUCGCGCUGUUUCAACGUUGCCGUUCCUUCCACCUGCAUACAUCACGGCGAUGGAGUCUUAUGUCCGUACACUCGUACCGAUGCAGUCGAAUCCUUAUGGGAUCUUCCACUCAACGUUCCUGGCGUCACAAUCGACGAUCCAAGCCCUGCUGUCGGCUCUGUCGCGGCCACCUGCACAAAUCACGCAGAUAUCGGCUGCGCGCAAGGCCAUGGAGCGGAACUACAACUCGCUCACGAGAUCGACAAGGUGGCCUCUUGGUUUGCUGGAUGAUACGCGACAACGUCUCAACGAGGAGAGGGAAGAGAAAGCCCGCCAGUCACAAGAGCAGGUGGACGACCUCGGUCGAGAACUUCGAUACUCGCAACAAGUAGUGGCUGGGGAGUUAGCCGGGUGGCAAGACCUGCACGAGAAGAUGGGGCGACGAGCGAUCAAGGAAUUCGCCAAAGGCAUGGUGAUCCAGGAGCGACUCCGGCUGGACGGGAUGAUGAGGACACUCCGGAGGCUACGGGAAGGGAAGGCGGAUCUCGAGGCGGCAUUGGCAAACGUUUCAGGGCGGUCGAGUAUGAGUCAAUCGACGCACGAGGGGAUGGGGAGAGAUGCAGGUGAGGGAGCCAGCAGCGGGAGCACGAGAACGGGCGACGUGGUGGCGAAUGGUGCGGGAUACUAG